AUGGCCCCAUCUGCAAGGAAGCGCCCCAGAGUCGUCGAACCCAAACCUCUGCCAUCCAAGGUCAAAUAUCACAACGUUACCUUCAAGGAUCACACCGGCAACCCGGCCCUCAUGUCGUGGUCCGGGUCAGGGAACAGGGCCAAUCUACCUUAUUUGCCCUCUUGGAUCUUCUACAUGGUUAACCCAGAAAUCCCACGCGACUUUGACGGCUGCAAAUUCGUUUUUGGUCUUGAGAGGGGCGGCCGUCUGCUUUAUAGCACCGGCGACUUCAGAUACGAGUUCUUUUUUUUACCCGGUGCUACCGCCGAAGAAUGUGUUGCGCAUUAUCGUGGCGAGAUUGCUGCUCGAGGUACCAUGUGGCGCCAGGUCCGCAAGGUGAAGAUGGCCUUGAAGGAGAAGAAGAAGCAUGAGGCGGGUGGAGAAGGAGUGGAUGAUUCAGCUGAAGAGCUGUCUUCUGGCGAUGAUGAUGAGCCUCAGUCCGGUAGCACAAGUGAAGGACUCCCGGGCUUACCUUGGGUGAAAAGGAGUAGGGACUGGUAUUUCACCAACUACCGUAGCUGGCUCUUUAUGUAUUUAGAUGCAGACAUCCAAUGGGGUCCUGAUCAAGAUCAUAAUGUCUGCCUCGUUAAAUUUGACCCCAUGCCCAUCGAAUGGGAGGAAGGUGAAACGGUCAGAUGGGAUCCGAUGGAACACCCUGUUCAUUCCGAGCAUAUGAAGGCGAGGGAGAGAGUGGGUGACAAGGACGGGCUCAUACGUUGGAUGGGCGACAGAAGUAAUGACCAUUGGGCGCGAGAGGCUAGCGAAGCUACCGAUGACGUUCAAGACCUCGGCUGGGAGACUUGGUAA